AUGUCGGCCAUAGAGCUUGUCCAGGGCCCAGCAUUCUCCGACUAUGGCUCAUCCCUGUCCGCGGACGGCGGAAAGGACUCCCUCCGCGCUACAGAUUCCACCAGCUCCGCCGGUUCCGCCUCCCCGCACCCGCUGCAGCACAGCCAGGACCGCUUCCUCGACAUGGGCGCAGGCCGCCACGGUUUCAAAGGCGCCUCGUUCUCCUCCGCCGUCUUUAAUCUCGUGACCACCGUGGUCGGCGCGGGAAUCAUGGGUCUCCCCGGAACGAUGCGCGUGUUGGGGAUCCCCCUCGGGAUCAUCGCGCUCGUCGCGAUGGGGAUAUUAACGCAAGUAUCUCUGGAAUUACUGAUCAAAACGACGACGGUGCAGCAGGUGUGGUCGUACGGCGACCUGGUGCUGCAGGAAUGCGGGCCCAAGUGGAGGCUCGUACUCGAUAUAUCCGUCCUCAUUAACAACUUCGGGUUGUGCGUCGUGUAUUUGAUUAUUAUCGCGGACGUGCUAGCGGGGACGUGGUCCAGCAUUGGUUCGGCGCAUCCGGGCCUGCUGAAAGAGUGGAACGGCGGGGAGGCCGCGUGGUGGAACACGCGGUUCUUUGUACUCGUUAUUGUCACGCUCGUUGUGCUCAUCCCGCUGGCGUCCUUCCGUCACGUCGAUUCACUGCAUUACACGUCAGCAAUCGCCGUUAUUCUAGCGGUCGUCUUCGUUGUGAUCACUCUUAUUAUCACCAUCAUCAAGCUGGUCGAGGGCACUCUCCCUUCGCCUCGCUGGUUACCCUUCGUUAACGCGCCUAAUUUUUUCGCUGCUCUCUGCUCCGUCUUCCCAGUCAUGGCCACUGCUUACAUCUGCCACUUCAACAUCCACCCCAUCUACGUGGAGUUAAAGGAUCGCACGGAGCAGAACAUGACAGCGGUAACCCGUUUCUCCAUGGCGACGUGCUUCGCCAUCUACACGCUCACCUCGCUCUGUGGCUACCUGCUCUUCGGCGACGCCACCGCCCCGGACGUCCUCGCCAACUUCUCCUCGCCGGUCCUCACGGGGCAGCAGUGGCUCAACGACGUGGUGCGCAUCUCGUACGCGCUGCACGUGGUGCUCGUGUUCCCCGUCAUCUACUACUCGCUCCGGAACGUCACGGACGAUCUGUUUUGCUACAACGCGGAGAAGUCGCUCGCAGAGGAUGACAGGCGGUUCUGGAUUAUCACUGGAGUGCAGCUGGUGGGGAUCUGCCUGAUCGGCACGCUCGUGCCCAACAUCUGGGUGGCGUUUGACUUGACCGGGGCGACCUCGACGAUGAUUAUUGGGAUGGUGUUCCCCGCCGUCAUUGCUCUCAGGGACCGGUCGGGAGUGGUGCAUGGGUGGGAGCGCAAGACCUCAUGGGCCAUGAUCGUGUGGGCUGCCAUCAUCUGUGUGACCAGCAUUGGCUCGUCCAUCUACAUGCUGGUCGUGGGUAUUGCCAGCCAGCCCGGCUCGCAGAACACCCAAGGGUAG